AUGACAGGCCGGGUUAAGUGUCGUCUGAAGGGCCACUGUGCCAACAGUGCAGUGCUGCUGCUGCUCUUUGAAUUCCUGCUGCAGCUGCAGACCAUGUACUAUGCCCGAGUCACCAGCUGUAUGGUUAGCAACCCUCUUGCCAUAAAUCACCAGUAUUAUCAGUCUGGAGACCUCAUCAUUGCUGGCAUCCUCUCUCAGUUCUAUAUGUUUUUCAGCCCCAUCACCUUCAGAUCGAACCCCUCUCUGAGAAUCCCUGAAGACCUCAUUAAUUUUCUGGCAACCUGGACCUUUCGUGCCGCAAUGGACCUUCUUUCCACGUGGGGCAGAUUUCUGCCAAACUACAAAUGUGAUUCCCAGGAUAACGUGGUAGCUGUCAUUGGGGGACCCACCUCAGAUGUGUGCUUCUUCACUGCCACCAUGCUGGAUAUCUACAAGAUGCCACAGCUUGGGUUUGGCUCUGUUCCAGUAAGGACUGAUGAAAGCCAAGGAGCUUUGUUCCAGGGGAUGUUCCCGGCUGGGGACCACCAGUAUCUGGGCAUUCUUCAAUUGCUGCUGGCUUUCAGAUGGACAUGGAUUGGUGUGAUUAUUGUACAGGAUCAGAAUGGACAGAGGUUUGUGCAGAAGGUACUCCCCAAAUUCUCCCAGAGAGGCAUCUGCUUUGACUUCAUAGCAACCUUGCCAAAACUCUAUUUUACCAAGGACAUUGUUGACAUGGUGGCAGAGUGGAUUGAAACAUAUAAGGACAUUAUGAGUAGCACUGCCAAUGUUGUAGUUAUCAAUGGGGAAAGUCACACCAUGAUAUAUUUGAGAAUGUUUCCCCAAUUUUCAGAAGUUGAGAACACACAAAUUAAGUCCAAAGGGAAAGUAUGGAUCAUGACAGCACAAAUGGAGUCUAGUUCCAUUCCUUUUCAAAGAUUCUGGGACAUAGACAUCCUGCAUGGUGCUCUGUCCAUUGCCAUCCACUCAAAAGAAGUGCCUGGAUUCCAGCAUUUCCUUCAGAUGAGGAAUCCCACCUCAGACAAAGAAGAUGGCUUUAUCAGGGAGUUCUGGCAACAGGCAUUUAGCUGCAUGUUCCUAAAGGAGAUGAUUAAAAAGCCGGAUGAUGAAAUCUGCAGUGGGAAGGAGAAGCUAGAGAGCCUCCCUGGGUCUGUAUUUGAACUGGCUAUGACCAGCCACAGCUACAGUGUCUACAAUGCUGUCCAUGCUGUGGCACAUUCUUUGCGAUCCUUGCAUUCGCUGACAUCCAAACGCAGGGCAAGGGUACAUGGAACAAGAUGGGAGCAUCCAGCGCAUCAGACCUGGCAGCUUCACCAAUAUCUGCAAAGUGCAACAUUUAACAAUGGUGCUGGUGAGGAUGUUUCCUUGGACCGAAAUGGCCAUCUGCUGGCUGGAUUUGAUAUUCUUAACUGGAUCACUUUCCCAAACCUGUCAUUUCUUAGACUCAGAGUUGGAAAAAUUGACCCAAAUGCUCCUGAAGAUAAGAUGCUCAGCAUUACUGUGGAUGCCAUGGUCUGGCCCAGAACCUUUAAUGGGGUUCAGCCAGUCUCUCUUUGUAGCCAAGCCUGCCAGUUGGGUUACAGAAAGAGAAAGAAGGAAGGGGAGCCAUUUUGUUGCUACGACUGCUUUCCAUGUCCCCAAGGGAAGAUUUCAAGCCAGAUGGACAUGAAUGAGUGUUUUCAGUGUCCAGAAGAUCAAUAUCCAAAUGAGAAUCAGGACUUCUGCAUUCUCAGAAAAAUAACCUUCUUGUCUUAUGAAGAACCACUGGGAAUCAGCUUGGCUUUCAUUGCUCUGUCCUUUUCUGCGAUCACAGCUUUGGUGCUUGGGGUCUUCAUCAGACACAGGGACACUCCCAUAGUCAAGGCCAACAACAGGAACCUCACCUUUACUCUCCUGGUCUCCCUCCUGUUCUCCUUCCUUUCUACUUUGCUCUUCAUUGGCCAACCUCACAAGCUGACCUGUCUCUUUCGACAAACUGCUUUUGGCAUCAUCUUCUCAGUGGCUCUUGGUUGUGUGUUGGCCAAAACCAUCACUGUGGUCCUUGCUUUCAUGGCCACCAAGCCAGGAUCCAGAAUAAGAAGGUGGGUGGGGAAAAAGCUGAGUAAUUCCAUUGUUCUCUCCAGUUCCCUGAUUCAAGCCUUGAUUUGCACCAUUUGGCUGGCUACCUCUCCUCCGUUUCCAGAUUUUGACAUGCAUUUGAUGACUGAAGAAAUAAUUCUGGAAUGUAAGGAAAGUUCCACUCUCCUGUUCUAUUGCGUGAUGUCUUUUAUGGGCUUUCUGGCCAUGGUUAGCUUCACAGUGGCUUUCCUGGGCAGGAAAUUACCUGAUAGUUUCAAUGAAGCCAAGUUUAUCACACUCAGCAUGCUGGUCUUCUGCAGCGUCUGGCUGACCUUUAUUCCAACCUACCUGAGCACGAAAGGAAAGUCCAUGGUGGCCGUGGAGAUCUUCUCCAUCUUGGCCUCUAGUGCUGGGUUGCUUGGGUGCAUUUUCCCUCCCAAAUGCUACAUCAUUAUCAUGCGGCCUGACUUGAAUUUCAGGCACCACCUCAUGAAAAAAACGAAAUUAAUGGCAGGCUAA